AUUAGAAACGAUGGAUAGUUCAAGUUAUGGAGCAGCACAUUUGUCCUCGCCAGCGUUAGUUGUGUUUUCACAAGCAGCGAACGGAUUGAGUGACGCAUUGCGGUUGCAAAGGCCGUUUCCGUCGCAGAUGCCUGACGCAAAAGAUCUCCACAAUUUUUCCCUCUCGUACGGUGCCCACCUUUUACAUGGCUUUCAGCCUCAUUUCCUCCAUCCUCAUCUUAAUCCCGCAGUCUCAUCCGCGAACAGCACAAAUCCCUUUAGCGGAGGCGGUGCAUUCGUCAAACCAUUUCCCUCGAGCCUUCCUUUAUCAUCAGCAUUUGCGCCACCAAAAUGCCUUGGAUUCGGAUUAGAUCAAAGCUUAUUAUUCGGCGGCAGUGAAUCAUAUCGAACAGACUCCUCAAGUCCCGCCUGCACAUCCCUUUCGCCGCCAACAAAGGACGAAUCCAUGGAGGGCCAUACGAGCGAAGAAGGAGAUCGCGAUCGUGAUCGGAUAUGCAGUCCGUCGCGCAGCAGUCCCGGCGAAACUCCUGGAUUCCGACGUGUUGGUCCAAAGAAACCCGUGAUUGGGACUCCAUCGCCGACAACGCAGCACGGACCAAUUUGUCCCGUGUGUGCUACCCAAAUACCUCAAAACGAGCUUGAAUCUCAUUAUGCAGCCGAGCUGAAUCGACUGGCGAAACCCAAUUCAUUCAUCGAAAGACAGGAGCUUAGAAGGACGUUGAGCAUGGAAAUGCAUGCCGUGCAAAAUAGUUAUCAAGGGAGAACGAGUCGAUGGGAGACCUUUAAUAGAAUACGAACCAAUCGUCAAAGUCGUCUUCGUGGAAAAUUCCGUAAACGUCGUUUUGAUGGCAGCGAUGACUUUUCUCCCGUGGGUCAAUGUCAAUCUUGUCCCGUUUGUCAUGGUCGAUUGCAACGAACGCCCGAAGAAAUCACGCAACACAUUGAGGAUUGUGCUCGCAAACAACAACAGCAUCAACAGGAAAACGCUCAUGCAGCUGCUGCCCAAGCCUCUGCGACCCAAGAAGAAGAUGAAACUGUCGAUGUUGAAAGUUUCGGCGAUGAAACGUCAAAUGGCGCGAUAAACAUGAUCCAACCGCUGAACAACAAUAACAACAACAACAAUAACACCCUAAAAAUGGAAGCGAAUAAAAAUCUGGAACACGAGCCAUCAUUGACGCCGCUUCAUCCAGCACAUCAUUGGGACCGGAAACACCGCUUUAAUCUCGCCGCAAUGAAUUGUAAGACAAAAGACAGCAGUAUCGCUGUUUUGGAAGACUUUUACAAGCGCGCCUGUUUUGCAGGGAGCAAUGCGCCGCCGUUGCCGCCCGUUUCGCACGCAGAGACAAUCAUGCCGCGAGUCACGACAACGAGCCACGAUCACACGCAUCACAACAAUCGCAUGGAGACGGAAUACACGAGUAGCGACAAAGAGCGCAAUCACAUGGAUGCCGAUGAGGAAGUUGUCGUUGACAAUAACACGGAUGACAAUACGGACAAUAAGCGACGUCGUUCGAUAAGCCCUUCGUCAAAUACGGAUAAAAAUAGCACUGAAGAAGCGACAUCGUCAGUUGAGAUUGAUUCCGCUACAGAUAUGACAACUCCCGUUACACCGCUAAGGCCUACUCCUGUCACUCCUAAUUCUGAAUCUUACGUUAGUACAUCGGAGACAAGCUCGGAUCCGCCCGCUAGCAAAGCGCAGGUCUUGGAAGAACUCAAGGCGAGAAUUCGGGAGCUCGAAGGAUCGCCUCAUUAUAAAUGCUUCAUAUGUAAAGAAAGCUGUAAAUCUCUCGUGCUUUCAACUAUUUGUGGACAUUACCUUUGCGAAGAUUGCUGGAUUAGUGAGUCGGAUACCAAAAAAUCCUGUCCUCGAUGUAAAAUUAUCACACACAACAGUGACUUUCGUAAAAUUCACGUUUAAUUAACUUCAAAAAAAUAUAAAAAAAAACUCGCAACAAUAUUUCUUCAACUUAUCAUAUCAACAAGAAAUCCCGCUAAUUGUCUCUCGCUCGGAUCGACCAUUAGCGGUUAAACAAUGUGUGCAAUAAAAACAUUAAAAAGAUAAAUAAAAAUUUUAUGGUCUCCUUCUCUCUCUUACAUUGUCAUAUUAUAUAGCUCUUUCAUACCAUUUAAGAAAAUUGACUUAUUAUUAAAUGUAAA